AUGAAACCUUUAAUGCAGAUUUUAUUUUUGAUAACAUUUAUAAUUGUAAUAUACGCAAUAAUUGGUCUCGAACUACUUGUUGGUCGUUUUCAUUGGACUUGCCAAAAUAUUGAAACUGGUAAGAUUAUUGAAACAUCCUAAAACUCGUGGAAUUUCAAUAUUUCGUGGAAAUCAGCCAAUGUAAUAUUUUCCAGGUAAGAUCAAUGAUACUCUGCUGUUAAAUCGUCCGUGUGGCGACGAGGGAGGUCGAACGUGUGGGCCUGGGGAGAGAUGUGAAUACAUCAACUCUAGGGCCGAGUGGCCUGGACCCCACUAUGGGAUUACAUCGUAUGAUCAUAUCUUCCUGGCCAUGUUGACCGUGUUUCAAUGUGUCACUAUGGAGGGUUGGACGGACAUUAUGUAUAUUGUAAGUAAACAAUACAAUACAAUAUUCAUUACACUCAAAAAAAUACAUACUCAAUAAUAUCUAAAAUUACAAUUACAAAUGAUCAUAUGGGGCUAUUCUAGUCAGAUGACUUAUAACAAUGAUUUUGAAAGAAAUCAUGUUUCAGCAGACAGAAAUUAUAAUAUCGAGCACAAAAUGAAAAAGAAAGAUACGACACACAGAGUAAAAAAAACACACACAAAGAAAACCGAAAAUAAUAGUAUAGAUUAAUGAGAUCUUGGAGACGGCUACUUGAUCAAAACUAUUCGUACUGAACUAUUAACUGAUUUUUGAAUUGCUUUUUAAAACUUUUCAAAUCCAACUCUUUAAAAAUUUUAAACAAAAGGACUUGUGAUUUGACUUUCACCACGGUUUAUGUGCGCAGGGUGUCCAAGGGCCUUGAAAAUCCUGGAAAGUCCUUGAAUUGGAAAAAAAUAAUUCCAGGAAACUUUUCAACUUGCCCGGUGCGGACACACUCAGAGACAACAUCACGAACAUGUUACAUGUAUCUUCUCCUGAGUGCAUAUCAAACCAGAAACACACAAAUGAUGUUUCCUGUCAUUUCUGUUGUUGUAGAGUUUUGACGCUCGUGAAUACGAAUAUGGCGUCGUGACAUCAAUGUUGUACAUUUCAUUGCUGAUUAUUGGAUCGUUCUUUAUGUUGAAUCUAAUUCUUGGGGUUCUCAGUGGGUGAGUGAAAUUCUUCAUUUGCCUCCCUCAUGGAAGAGAUUCUACAAAUGUACAAAACAAAAUAUAAACAAAGUAAUAUUUACACAAGAUGAGAAUAGGUUCCUCAGAACGCAAUCAGUUUUGACAAUUCAAUAGUUCUAUGCAAAAAAUUCUAGCAGAAUGUACUCUAAAAUUGUCUAAAAGUCCCUGUGCGGUAUGCUGACCAAAAACAACAUCAAGAAACUCUUCAUCAUCAAGUUGGCUAAUAUAUCCACAGAAAUCCAAAGACAUGUUGUUCAGUAUCCACGUCCAAAAAUUCUCCCUUAAUUCAUGACUAGUGUCGCAUCUCAAAACCGCAUGAGCAAUCGGAUCUCCGCGAGUAAUGUCACAACUGAUGACAACACUCCUAGACCACGACGCAUUUGACUUAAAAACUUCGUAAAAUAAUGCACCUAUAAUGACUCAGAAUUUUGAAUAAAAUUACUCGAAAAUUUAAAGUUUCAAAUUUACUGAAUUUUUUGAGUAAAUAUUUACUUUAAUAAAAAAAUAAAUUUGUUGAUAAUUUUUUUGAGUAAUUGUUCUCCGUAGUUUGAGUCACUGUGGUGCGCGCAUUAUUUUACUCGCGUGUAUUUUAAUCAAAAUAUUUUGCAGUGUAUAUGUGUUCAGAUAUUCGAUGCAGAUUUCAUCAAAUACGUUCAAACAGUGACGUUACAUUUCAGGGAGUUUGCCAAAGAACGUGAAAGAGUCGAAAAUCGUCGGUCGUUCUUCAAGAUUCGUCGCCAACAGCAGAUGGAGAGAGUUAUGUCCGGUUAUACUGACUGGAUCAUCAAAGCUGGUAAGAAGAAUAGCAUGCAGAUGUCCCAGUAAUUGUGGUGUCGUGGUCACCACGCUUCCAUUUCAAACUGGGAGACCCGGGUACAGGGAUGCCGGAAGUUGCUGAGGGCAAGGGGUGCAAUUGGUUAACAAAAGGGCAUAUUCCUUAACAAAAGGGCACCAAUGAAAAUGAAAGGGCGUCAUGAUCCAACAUUCGUGUCGACCUCUCUCCCCGUCACCAAUUUUUUUCGGACCGAAUACAAUUAUUUAGGCACAAUUCCUCCGUAAUGCUUCAAUAAAAAAUCCAUAAGUAAUGCUUUCCGUUUCACCUUUCGCCAAAUGGAUAACAACUUUGCCGAAUUCCUGACGACUGCGGGGUGGAACACCCCCACACACAUCCUCAAGCGACGUUUAAUUCUGUCUGCUGUAAAAGUUUUGUGCACCCGACACACCCAUAGUCUGCACCCGCACUGCACCCACAAAGUUGAAAAUGCAAAAGGCAAGGGGUGCACUUGCACCCGCUGCACCCGUGGUUCCGGCAUUCCUGCCCGGGUUCAAUUCUUGGUCGGACCUCUACUCAAGGUCUUAAAAUAAUUGAGGAGAAAGUGCUACCUUUACAUUGAACUUUCAGAAAGUGCUACCUUGACAUUCAAAUUCAGUCAGCUUCCGAAAAUGGAAGUGAUCCUGUGGGUGGCAAUGUGAAAAGUAACAAAUCUGAUAGUUCGUUAGUAGUAUAGUUGAUUUUUUCUAUGUACCUAUAUUUGUCAAACAUUUAGGGAUCGCAGUAAUUGGCGCAAGCUGUUGCGAUUGCCCUGUCAGUUUUUGUGUUAACGUUGUCUGAAUCUGGCAAAGUUAAUAGCAAAUUGAACUCAGUAAAGUAAAUGGUUAGACUUUCGCGUAUUCUCGGAUAAGGACGUUAAAAUCGUAGGGACCUCGGAUCCCUAUCAUUGGGCAAUAUCCUGUCGGGAAAUCCGUUCACCAAUAAGUGAGAAACUCAAUAUGCUCAGAAUAAAAAAAAUACAAUAGCUGCAUGUGUUCUAGAUUUUGCGCAGAUAAUUAUUAGCGAGCAUCGUAAAUAUAAUCUAGGAGAUGAAUUUCAUGAAUUAUUAACCCCCGUGUCAAAUAUAAGCCCCCCCCCCCGAAUAUAAGCUCACCCGAAUAUAAGCCCACUUGUUUAUCACUAUUGUUUAUCACGAUUACCACUAUUAAUCACUAUUAUUACUAUGCGUAACACUUGUUUAUCACUAUUACUAUACUUGUUUAUCACUAUUACACUAACACAAAAGAUCGUCUAUGUAUAAGCCCCCCGUACAUAAGCGCCCCCCCUUGUAUAAGCCCAUCAAAAAUCGCAUACGAAAGAAUAUAAGCCCAGGGCUUAUAAUCGGAGGUUUACGGUACUACUACAAGGACAUUUGUUUUUUUAGAGGAAAUAAUUAUCAGAGAAGAACAGAACGAGGAUGAGAGGCAAGCUCAAGGUAACAAGAAACUAACUUUAUUUAAACCGUUCUCAAUAUGGAGGUUUAGCAAGGGUAACAGCCCUACAAGUUGUUACUAAUCUGUUCACAAGCUGUCGACAAGUUGUGUUCGCACCGCUUGUUCCUAGUUGUUGUAACAAGUUUGAAACAAGCCUGAUGGCAUUAUCAGACUUGUUGCAAGUUAAGGUUACUCUAACACGUCUGAUACAGUCAUGAUAUAACACGAAUGUUACAAGAAUGUUACAAGGUAGACGACACAAGGUUGUAACAAUAUUGUUAUAUCAUGAGUCAUGACUGCAUGUAUCGGACUCGUUGGAACAACCUGGCAACAAGUCUGAUAAUAUCAACAAUAUUGUUACGAGUUGUUAACAGCUUGUUCCAAACUUGUUGACAGCUUGGGACAAGCAGUACGAACACAAUUUCUUGAUACCAAAGUUGCGCCACCGCAGCCCUGAUCGAGACUCCUUUAACAACUUUUCUUCCGACAGCGGCAAGAAGAAUUCAGGAAACCAUGCUCCACAAACGACACAGUUUAUCGGAAUCGUUUAUGAACCUCAUUGAUGGAAAUAAAGAAUUACUCAAUCAUCUUAACAGUUGUAGAAAAGAUGCUCAGAGCAACUUAUCCAACAA